AUAGGCGCAUUCAUAUUCAAAUCCGACAGUUCAAUCCACACAUUUCUCCACUAAAUAUAACUAAUGAAAUUCCUGUGAUGACGAAAGUUAACUGAAAAUUUUAAAAGUGAGGAAAAUAAGAGAAUGGCUCCGCAGAAAACAUCACAAUUCGAGAAACUAGUGGUGCGCGCCAUUAAAACACUCCAAGACAUUCAGGGUUCAACAUCUAAGGAGAUAAGUAACUAUCUCUCGCGGGAGUAUGACGUUCCGAGUGAAGAAAUUAAGAGGCAGGUUCAGCUUGCUCUUCGUCGUGGCAUAGAUUACGGUCUUUUGAAGCGUCAGAAAGGGGGAACCUACGUGUUCAACAAAGAACUUGUGCGAAGUGCGCGAAGAGAUGAUGAUACCCGUGAGUGUAGUACAGCCUUUAAAAAGUUGCGGGCAUGGAGAAAGAGUAGAGGUAGAAAAAGAUUGGGAAGUGGUAGGAAAUCGCGAGGCAGGGGCCGACGGGGCAGAGGUCGCAGGCGAAAAAGAAGCGGAAGAGGAAAGAAGAGACGCGGCGGGCGACGGCGAAGAAGAUCAAGGAGACGAUCGAGGGGGAGGAAAUGAACGACCAGACGAAGAUUGUGAAUUCUCUGGAUUAGUGAAAAAAAAGAUAAAUUCCAUGGACUCUGGCUUCCCGGUGCGACCGUCCCUGGGCCACACGGCCUUGUCGGCUAAUGAUAGUCCCGCUAAUGAUGCGUUCACACACGCUCACGCAUCUACAUGCCCUAUCCAUUUAAACCCGCCCGUAAAUAUAGUCAUUCCAUCCCUCAACACCCAAAAAUACUAGAAACAUUAGAAAGACACGAAGGCUUUUAACCACCCCGAGAUAACAAUAAAUUCAUGGGAACA